AUGAGCCACCUGAGUCACUUCACAAAUCGCCUCGCCAGCAUCGCGUCCCAGCCAAACGCCACAAGGGCCCCCUCCUACCGAACCCUUCUGGGCGAAGCCCUGGCCAAACCUAGCUCGGAGCUCGAUGCCGACCAGCUCGUCCAGAUCACCGCUGCAUAUCUCCAGAAUGCCGUCUUCAGCGACCAGAACUCGACCGGCGGCGGCCUCGUCGUCGGACGACAGGCCCUGACCCUCUUUGCGCACGAAAUCGCCAGCGCAGCACAGCUUCACAAGUCCAGCGGCGCAGAGUCGGAAAUGAACGAUGGUUCCCUUCCCGCCAUCGCAGAACCCGACGUACGCAGGCGCAUCCUCGAAGACGCCCUCGACAAGCUACAGCCGCGCGUGCUGAGCUUCGAGGAGCAGGCCUCCGUCCUCCGCUCCCAGCUCUCGAGCCUGCUCGAGGCCGAAGAGGACUGGAUCGAGGCCGCCCGCGUCCUCCAGGCCAUCCCGCUCGACUCGGGGCACCGCAGCGUCUCGGACCACUACAAGCUCAGCGUCUACAUGCGCAUCGUCCGCCUCUUGCUCGAGGGGGACGACCCCGUCGGCGCCGACGUCUUCCUCAAGCGCGCCAGCCUCGUCAUCCACAAUGUGCCCGGCGCCAUCCUCACCUCGUCCUUCGCCUCGUCCGCCGAUACCUCCGCUGCAGCCGCCUCGUCAGAGGCCAAGGCGGAAUCGGAGCUCGAGGAUCCCAAAGUGCUUGGCCUGCAGUUCAAGCUGUGCCAGGCCAGGAUCUACGAUGCUCAGAGGAGGUUUGCAGAGGCGGCGGUCAGAUACCACGAGCUCAGCUACAUCGCCGAGAUCGAUGAGGUCGAUCGCAACAUGAUGCUCUCGGCCGCCGUCACGGCAUCAAUUCUCUCCCCCGCCGGUCCGCAGCGUGCGCGAACGCUGGCGACGCUGAUCCGCGACGAACGCACCCAAUCGCUGCCGCAGUACACGAUCCUCAGCAAGGUGUUCCUGGACCACAUCAUUCGUCCCCACGAGAUCCAGGCGUUUGAGAAACUCCUCGCUCCGCACCAGGUGGCCAAGCUCGCACCGACACGCGCGCCCGCCGCCGCCGCCGACGCCUCCGCUUCCGCCACCGUCUCGGCCUCGGCGUCGGGCGACACCGACAUGGCAGGCACGUCGACCUCAUCGAGCCGACCGGCCUCGACCCGUCAUGCACCGAGCACGGUGCUGGAUCGCGCCAUGAUCGAGCACAACCUGCUCAGCGCCUCGCGACUCUACGACAACAUCACGCUGCACGGCCUUGGCGCGCUGCUCGAUCUGAGCUCAGCAGGGGCCGAGGAGACGGCACGCAGGAUGAUCCAGCAGGGAAGGCUCAAGGCGUGGAUCGACCAGGUGGGCGAUCUCGUCGAAGAGGGUCGACCGGGCGGCGCGAGCGCGAGCGCGAGCGUGGGUGGAUCGGGUGGGGUGCUCUACUUUGUCGACCAGGACCGACGUGGCGAGGCGGGAACCAUCGCGGGCGGACUGGCGGGCGCGACGAGCGGCGCACCCGAAGCCCAGUCUGCCGCCGAGGUCGGCGACUCUGCCGGCGGUCCAGAGGGGGCAUUUGGCGCCUCGUCGGCCAUGGCAGAGGGAGAGAACAAGUACACAAAGCGCUGGGACCGUCAGAUUGCCAGGACGGCGGGCACGCUCGAGGAGGUAUGCCAGAGGCUCAACAAGGCCGGCUUCGUCUGUUGA